AGUGUCAAGGCUCGGCUUUUCUCCACAACAAUCUUUCACCGCGGCCUAGUGUCGCGGCACUAUUAGUAACAGUCCGGUCUCAGUGGUCGUGCGAUCGCGUACGGUUCAAUAAAAAUUGUAUCCUUUUUUUUUUUAUUAUUUUUCUAUUAUUAUUAUUCGGUAUUUAAAUAAUAUUUUUCGCGUUUGUCCACCCAAAUGGCAGCAGGCGUCCCGAGCGGUUAGAUCUACAACAGGCGACACGCCGCGAGUAUAAUAUUAUAAAUACGGGUUUUUCUUCGUCGUUUCCCCGUUCCCAGAAUUCUUCGCUUUUUCGCGUUUAUGUAAAGAAAACAAUCUUAUUUUUUUCCCGCAUCGCCCCGCGCAUAAUACUAAUACGAUAUACUUGCGUGUUGCAAAUUAGAAUAAUAUUUGAACGAUCGGAAAUCCGCGAAACGCAUCGCGUGGCCGACGGCAGGCCGUCCCCGACGAGAAGAUCGCGACCACCGCCGCCGCCAUGGAUAUCCAAUUUGAAAAUUUAAAUUACGAAGUGAAACCGUCAUUUUGGCAGACCAAAGGUCAGUUACGAUUGUAUAGUAUUAUCACGUUUUGUUAUUGUUGUUUUAUUUUUUUGUUUUUUUUUUUAAAAAACAAAGGAACAAAUAAUAGACCUUUAUAUACAUUAUAAUAGUGUAAUAAUUUACUAUCAAAAAGUAUACCUUUACGUAGAUAAUUUAUGUGUGCUCGAUUUUUGCGUUCAUUACACGGUAACGCAUUAUUAGAUCUCAAAAUUUGUUAGGUUAGAUUACGAUUGAAUUUUCGGAUUUGUAUGGGUAUAUAUAUACUAUAGCUAGUAUAAUAGGUGUAGUGUCUCGAAGUAGGAACCAGAUCUGGUAAAUUAAACCGCAAUAAAGUUUACAUGCCCCCCUACAUACAUACCUAUGCAGUUACAGGAUGUUUGUAUGCUUCUACGAUGCGGUUUCACUUUUUAACAGUCAUGAUUUACAGCUAGGUACCUAUAGAAUGACGUCUGGCUGCAGUGUAAUAUAAUAUACUUACAACACUUUUCCCUACGAGGAGACCGUGUUUGAAGAUAAUAACGUUUCGUGUAUGUGCGAAAAUAAAUUCCUACUGAAAUAUUGUUUAUAUUAUGUACACCGAGAACGGUAUACUGUAUAAGAUCGCGAGUAUUUUUGUCGCGUGAAGGUUGAGUUUCGCCGUUUCUUCGCGAACGGUCUUUAAACCGACAACAACGAUUCGCGCAUUCCGCUCACACUAAAUUUCCGAGUUUGAAGUUAAAAAAAAAAUCGAAAUUAUUAUAAGCACAUAAUGUAACAGAUAAUUUUCGGCAUCUACCGAUUUAUAUUUCGUCGGUACGAUGUUUGAUUUACCCAAAGCCAACGGCGACAAAAUACAAAUACAAUAAUAAUAUAAUAUGUGAGUUUUGACGACAUUGUUUACUCGCGAUAAUUUUUCGAAAACCGAGUUGCCGGAUUCGGCAAACAAUAUUGAAAACUACGUUUACCGUUUUUCGAUUAUGGUGUUAUCCGUCGGUAAAAUACUGUACAUAAACGCAUAACCGUUUUGGCAAUAUUGCCGUCCGAGUAGCAAACUGCAAUGCAACAAACGCCGGUUUACCGAAGACCACGUCGUCAUAAAUGGACGAUAUUAUUACUAACUAUUAGACAUUUUCGUUUCAUAUUAUAUUAUCGUUUGUGUCUGUUAGUUGGUUAUUUUUUCAACAAACGUAAUCGUCGGCUAUUUUGUUAUUACAUAUAAAAUCGACGGACCUUUCUUAUACUCGUACAUUAUUGUUUUAUCGAUUCAUCCUUGAGCACAGGUACGCGUUGAAUUUAUAUAAUAUUAACUUUUAUAUAUAUAUAUAAAUAUAUUGUUGUAGACAUUCCGCAGUGCAGAAAAAAGUAUACUUCUGUGGGCCACAAGAAUGUGGUUCUCGGCGAUGACGGCGGCGUGCAAAAUUGCCCGUUGCAAAUAUUUAGAUAGAUUCGGACCGCGCGUAGGUAUUGUCGCCGCCGUACAGUCGCAGACGCGUCAUUUUCGAGUUUCCUAGUCAAAUCAGUGUCUCCGACCGUUGGCGGACGAAAAAAAAAAAGUAAAAGAAUCGCAUUACCGUGUAUAAUAAACCUAUACCGACUAUAUCUUUUAUAGUAUAUUGGCUCGGAUUCAAUUUAUACGCGAAAAAAACAACGUGUAAACCGUACGUGAAGCUAUAUGGGUAGUAGACGCAUUUAUCAAACGGAUACGAGUACUGUGUUUAAAUUAUCCACUUAUACGCGGGGAAAUUACUCCGGUGAAAUGCAUAAAAUCCGCGUUCACACAUUUCAAUGCGAUAUAACCCGUACGCGGCGAAUAAAAAUAAUUUUAAUUUUGUUUUUAAAACCCGAAAAUUUAUUGUAUAAUUACGAACAAUUGGAUAUAUAAUGUAUAAUAUAUUUGUGUAGUAUGAUACGGUGGCUGAUCAAUAUUUUGAUUCUGGUCCGUCGUCGUCGGUUGAUCAAGUCGACCGAUAACAUUGCAUUCUGUAGUAUGUACAUAAAUAUCGGUAAAUAAUGAAGACUUAUUAUUUUACUUUGUAACGUGGGCAAUCCUGUAUUCCGUUGAUUUUAGAGAGUUUUGUUCAAAAUAAUCAUUCAUUCAUCAAAUGUUGUCAGUUUUGUGAUAAUUAAAAAAAACGAAAGUUAAGGAUCUAAAAGGUGAACAGCUUAAAAUGUCGAUAAAUAUUUCAAAUAAAGUAUACCAUCGGUCGAAAAUUACCGAGCUUUUGAAUUAAUAACGGGAGCAUUUACCUAAUCAAAAUAAAAUGUUCAUAAAAAGUAUCAGACAUUUUGAAAAAUUGUUUUGAUAUGAAAAACAAAUGCCUAUUUUUAUUUAUUUAUUUCUUCUUUUUUUUUUUUUUCGCAGCAAUGAUAUCACAAAUUCAUAUUUUAAUUGUAUUUCGUGCUUUGAAUAAUAAACUAUGUACGUGACUCCUGCAGAGUUCAUAUUGAUAUUAUACUCUGACGAUAUAAUAAUAUUAUAUACCUGCUAUGAUAUGUCGUGAUUGUGGCAAAACGAUAAAAUAUUUUCGUCCUGCGAUAAUGUUAAAUUGAUAAUUUAUAUUCCGUAUAUGUACACUUAUUGAUUAUACAAUCAAUAUUAAACAAUUGUUCUAUAAAGCAUCAGUAAACAAUAAUAAGAAUACAUUCAUUACUGUUAUACAUAAAAUUAUAAAAUGCUAUUGCUAUUAUAUAGAUUUAAUUAUUAAUACUUGAUGUAACUAAUUAUAAUAUAGUAAAUAAGUGGGUUUUUUUCGGUGGAUUUUUUUUCUACAUUCAAGUUUAACGUAAAAAUUGAAUGUAGACUUGAUAGAUUCAAUAGAUACCGUAAUAGAUUAGGAAUAAAACACGCACGUUUCGAUUAAUGGUUAAUUUUAGUAAACUCUUUGCUCGUAUAGUAAAAAAUGUAUUUUAGCGUGCAUUUUAAGUGCAACUGUUUGCUAGUUGCAACAUAAAUGCACUUUAUGACAAACUACUUGCCAAAUUCGUUGUUUACUGGUAUUGUCAACUCAGUAUCACGUUUAUAACACGAUGUCAAAUGUAAAACAUAUCAGCGUUAUCAGUGUUAUUAACAUUAUCAAUUUAUCGCUUCGUGUCUUUAUCAUAAUAAAUACAUUCGUUUUACAAUAAAAUUUAUUUUUGUAAAUUCAAAAUUUCAAACAAUAAACAUCAUAUAUGGUAUUCUUAUCAGACAAAUUAUCUGAGUUUAAAGAUACAAUUCCAAAGUCAAUUAUUCUCUGCGUUAUUGUAAACAAAGGAACUAAAAAUUUCAAAAAAUGACCUUCACUAUGUGCUAACCGUAAUAAUGUAUUCAUCUGAUAAAAUUUUUCGUCUAAAUAAUCUAACGUAACAUUUCUUUUAAAUUCCGAGCGUAGCGAGAGAGCUAUUGGUUUUACUAAGAUGUUUAUUCUUUCUUUCUUUCCUUCUUUCUUCUAAACUGUGGACACGUUUUAUUCUUAGUAUCACUCCGAUUUUUACGUGUAUCAACUUUUCUGGAAGCUCAAGUUGUUUAAAUUGUACUUUGAAGAAGUCAUUUUAUGAUUUUUUAUGCCAUUUUUAAAUAAAACUACUUAAGUGGGAAAAAACGUAGGAAAACGUACAAUUUCACGAUUUCAUUAUUUUAUAAAAACAUGGACGAUAUUUUUUACUAGAAAAAAUGAUUUAAUUGAAAAAUCACAAAAUACCUUUUUGAUUUACUUUUUUAAGGUAUCGUCACUAAAACUUUUGAGCUUUUAAAUAAUUUUAAUUUUAGUAGUUUUUUUGCUGUAAUUCGGUUAUAUGGUAAAUACACGUAGAGACUCGAUACUUGAUUUAAUAUUUAUAUUAGACUUACCUAGACGUGGUAAAAUUUCCAAAAUCAUCGAAUGACUGUUUUUCUUUUUUUUAAAUUUUUUUACAAUGGUGUUUUAUUUUUUAUUUUUUUCAUACUAUAGACCACUUUUAUCCUAGAAAACUUGCUCCAAUGUAUGAGUUUAGUGUCUUUUCUGAGAGUCAAUUUUAUCUAUUUGGUAAAUAUUUAGGUCAUUUUUUGAUUUUCGAAACGGUAUUUAAAAUAAAAACGAUAAACCUGAAAAAAAAUACGAUUUGAUAGAAUAAAAUUGUUUAUUGGCAUAUGUUUUAUUACUACUUACAUAAUAUAUAUAUUAUCAGAGGCGGAUUUACCAAUAUACAGAGUAAACACCUGCUUAGGCCGGCAAAUCUUGUAAUGUUUUAUUAAACUACAUAAUUCAUAAAAAAAAAAGAGCAGACACUGGGGAUGGGAGGGGCCACUGUUGUAGGUGAUAAGGGUUGGGUAAAAAGUUGUAUAGUUUUAUACAUCAUACAUACAUAAUGUACAUAUAAUAAACGUAUAAAUAUUUAAAUGGGUGAUUUUGCUCAUAAAAUUUGUCUUUUUCAUUGGUCAGUAGGUACAAUGAUAGGUUAAUAAAUAAUUAAUUAAACCAAAAUGUAUUGUGUAAGUGUUACUCUAAUGCCUGGUUGCAUACAAAUCGUACGGUAAACUAUUGGUUCCAAAAUCUAUCUGUUCUGUAAAAUUACAGUUAUUGAACAAUUUGCGUUCUAUAAAAUUAUUUCAUUUAAUUUUUUUGUUUAAAACCACUUUCUCAGUUAUCAGUAUACAUAUUUUAUCCAUAUCAAAUUAUAACGUGAUAAUUCAAUAUCAAAGUAAUAAAUUAUAGUUAAUUAUACAUUUUUGUAUUUUAUUCUAAUAUUAUACAUUCUUUAUUACCUAUAUAUUAUUUUUAUUUAUUUAUUUUUUCUUUUUGUUUAAAAACGGCAAAUCAUGUUAAUCUUCGAAAGGAUUCGACCGAUCUCUAAUUCACCUCGGCUUUGGCAGAUUAAUACAAAUUUUAAAUAACAUAUUAUCAGACUCAUCUGAUAUAAAUAAGAAUGAUGUUGUUGAUAUUUUUACAACAACAAAACAGUAACAAGUAACAACAGUAAAUAGUCGCAUAGAAUAAGAAAAUAAGUUACAAGUAAAUUUAAUUAAGUUUUUUUCGUGAUAUUUUUGUUCAAAUUUUAAUGAACUGAAAUCGGCUCUACAAAUGAUCGAUUCAAUAACUAUGCUUUUGAUAAGAACUAUCAAAUUCACGGAAUUUUUUUCAAUUUUACGGAACCGAUAGCCGGCUAUCGGUUUCGUAUAGUUUUAUGCAUCCCGGCAUACAUUUAAAACUCAUACUAACCCCCGCAUAUCCAUUCUUACUGUGUUUACAAUCUUUAGUAAUCUUCGAAACACCUUAACAGAAGCUGAUGUCACAAUCUUCUUAAAGUUUAAAACUUAAAAAAAAAAAAAAAUCAAAUAAUAGUAGUUUUACACUAUUACCACUGUAUGGCUUCUUCCAUCAUGCUAUUAAUGUAACUAUGUCGGUGGAACAGAUUUCAUAUGUCUUUAAAUAAAAAUCAAUAGUAAUUUAAAAUUUUUUUUUAUACAGAUACAGUAUGCCAAGCAUUAUGAUGUGUAAUUAAAAAAAAGUGCCACUGACCUACAGGCUCCAGUUUAUGCUAGAUAAUUAUCAUCAUUAAAUAAUGACGAAUUAUAUUCUCAAUGUACAAUUUAAAUGUUUAAAGUUUAACAUUUACAUUACUCAGAAACUGUUGAUCGGAUAUGAAUAUAUAGUACAUUACAAUUCUUAGAAUAAAGUGAAAAAAUAAAAUUUUUCUUUUUCAGUAAUUAAGGGAUGAAAAAAAUAUACUAUUUUUUCUUUGUAUGUAUCCCACUAACCCGAAACCUGGUUGAAAAAAAAAAUAAUGAUAUAACAUUACAAACAUUGCAGAACACCCCAUAUACAUAUACAUAUAUGUAUAUGUAUAUAUAUAUAUCUUUAGUCUGCACCUGUACGCAGUUAUUUUUCUGUAAAUUUGUGGAACCUUAAUCAUGAUAAUAAUAAUAUUAUAAUAUGCAACAUAAAUCUCGUAGUAAUUAUUACGUUGGAAAUGACCUCAGACGGUUUCCGACAAUUUUCAGCACACAUAGAUGGGUGCCGCGCCGUGUACGUUUUUGUUUUAGAUCGUGAUCGCCAUAAUAAUUAUUCAAUUUUACCUAUAUUAUUAAUCACAAUUUUACGCUAUUAAAGAAAUCACGAAUAAUAACAAUAACAAUACACCCAUACAUUCGUUACGAUGCGGAAACAGCUCUUUUCGGUCGCACUAUUGCCUCGCUAGUGAUCAUGGUCACCUUAUCUUGUCACUAGUUGUGGUAUUUUUAAGCCAAUGGGUGAUAUUACCUCAACAUCAUUCUAUCUGCGUACACCACUAGAUACUUCAAAUAAUUUAUAUAUUAUACACUAGAUGUCAUCAUCAUAUUCUUCCAUUGCCGUUAAACGUUGGUUCUAUUUCAAGAAUCACCAAUCGAUAAUAACAAUAUAGCGGUCACUUUUUCUUGCUUUGCUUGAAUGAAAAUGCUUCUGGUCUGUUCAUUAUGCCACUAUGACACGCUUAAUGCCUUUUAUAUUAGUGAACAUUUGAGAUUAGAUUGUAUUUUUUUGAUAGUCUUUUAAGGCUGAGUUAGCCCAAUUGAUGGGGCGAGUUAAAAUUGUUCAUGCUGUUUCCUUACUCAAUUCGCGUCCAAGUUCCUUUGCUGGGGGAAGGGAGAAUAUUUUUUUUGUGAAAAAUUACGGUUGCGUUCUACCAGAUGAUUUCUUGGAUUGAAAUUGAAUUUGUAGAUCGAACUGAUCGAAGUAAGACUUGGUUCCAAACAAACAUGAGUUACUUUUUUUCUCCGUUACCUUUAUCCAAUUGCUUUUUACGACAAAACAGUAUAACAAUAGUUAUAUUGUUACCACCUCUAUCCGUUUGUCUAUUCAUUUGUGGACAGACAAGUUUUGGCCGAUCGGAACAUUUUUAAAAGGGCCUCUACAUGAAAUUAAUAAUGAUCUUUUUUUUCCCAAGUGUCCGAGUGUCUUUUAUAAUUUGACACGGGUGAUGACAAAUUAUUUGCCUAGGCUAAUAUACCUGGAUCUAUUAUAGACAAACCGAUAAUUCGAUAGUUUCCAUUCAGUCGUGCUCAUCACUACCAAGGGCAAUCCAAGGGCCCAUUGAGGGGCCCACCAGGAAAUUUCCGGCUUCCCAGUAGCCCUAACCGUUCAAUAUACACACAUAUAAUAUUAUGCUUGUUUUUUUUUUCUACGAGUAUUUAGUUUCAUUUUUUUCGUUAACACGAUAAUAAUACGAUUAUUUAUUGUUUGUAAAACGCUAUUCAGCCGUAACUGUAGUAUCGACAUCAAAGAUAGACAAGAUUCGUUUCGGCAGCACUACCUUUACGUAUAUAUGUGAGUCUGCGUGUCGAACCUGCAAAUUUCCAAAAUACCCGAACCUAAUUUGAAUUUGAACACUAUUUUCAUUGUUUUUUUUUUCUUUUCGUUGGUUGUUUACCUACAUAAGUGAGUUUGUACAUAAUAUAGUUUUGAAUAAAUAAUUUGACAAAUUGAUCGCGUAUUUCCGUAACGUUUUACUAGUUGAUCAAUCAUAAUUUAUUAAAAUAAAUGGUAUACGUUUUAUCCGAGUGGGCAGAUCGCUGAAAUUGUAAACCACUGCACUUUAAAGUAUACUGACAAGACUUUUUUUUUAAAUUUAUAGUAGUAAAAAAAUGUAUGUUGCACUUAACGGUUCCUAUACAUCUUACACCUGUGACGGAUAUGCAAAAUGUUUCGUAUAGUUUUCGAAAUUGUAGGUGCCCACCAAUCUACCUCCAAUAUGAAAUAUUUUACCACAACUUAGCGAUCGUAAUUAAAUUUUACGAGUUUACUUAAAGUUUUCAGUAAUCAUUAGUUUUUUUUCUUAUCCGACCGCAAAAAAAUUAUUAUUGUUAACAUCAUGAGGGAUAUAUAAUAGUCGUAAUAAAAAAAAUCACAAGGCAGACGGCAUACCGUAGGUCGUAGGACUACUACACGCAGUAGUGAUGGAAUCGAAAUGAAAGUGAGAGUUCCUUCUUUUUUUCUCUUAUCCUUGAGCGGGACACAAUAUACCGUGAUAGCCGCAGUUUAUACGUCUUAUGUUCAACUACAGUAUGUAGUCUGUUUUGAUAAAGACAAAAAUAUUUUAGCGAAAAAUCCCGUUCUUGUAUACCCGAUAGUAGGUAAUAUUAUUAUUGUUAUUGGUGAGCGGAAUGAGCUUAUAUUCGGUACAUAUAUAGUACAUAUAAACUAUACAAGGUGUGUAAAUUGAUCAUUGCUUAUGUAAUUAAGUAGGAAAUCAAUAAAUUGUACAGUAUUACACUUUAUAUUAUCAUAUUAGAUCCAAGCGUAGCGAGAGAGCUAUUGGUUUUACUAAGAUGUUUAUUUUUUCUUUCUUUCUAUAUUCUAUAUUCUUUCUAAAUAAUAUAUUGUUCGUUUCGUCAAAUAUUUGCCGAUGUAAGCAUCACGCGACUACACACGUUUAUAAUACUAAUAAUAUUUAUAACGAAUUUUCUCCGAAAAUGAGAACUAUUGCAUCAAUACAUUGUCUUUGUUGAUUAUAGCGUUACAUGGACAAAUAUAAUAACUUUUGUUAUAUUCAAUAUUUUAAAGUUUUUUUUUUUUUUUUUAAUAAUAUAGUUUUAGUGCCGUGCCUUAUGAUUCUUAUAUGGGGUUUUUAUAAUUACAAAAUAUAAACUUGUUCAUUUGUUUAUUAAGGACGAGUCGUUAAUUUUCUACAAUAUCUUUAAGUUUAUGAUAAUUUAAAUUGUUUUCAUUACCAUUAGUCUACUACUAAUAUCAAUUGAUAUACUUAUUUUUUGAAUACGAAAAUGUUUGUUAUCAAUUAUAACACAGUUAUUAUUUAUUAUUUAAAUAUUAUUUUAAUUUUGUAAGCCCUUACGACAGACUUCUCAGGGAAUAUGGAUUGUAUGCAUAAAUGACGUUAUUAGCAUAACGGAUAUGCUUUUUGUGGAUUUUCACUUUCAUCUCCGGCCCCAUACCAUUUUAAAUUUUAAGGAGAAAAAGGAAUAUAUUGAUUUUACAAUGAUAUUUAGUUUUUUUUUUUUUUUUUUUUUAAGAGAUAUUAAGCAUUAUGUUAAGAUUUUUGUACAUACGAGGUUCUAUUAUUUAUAUUUUGUUCUGAACUAUCAAAAUUAUUAUUUUAAAAAAUGACGAAUUUACCUCGCACGAUGGGUGGCCACUAUAAUUGUUGUAGGUCAUAGAUGAGAAGUUAGGAAGCUAGGAUACAUAGGGAAAUUUAAUGUAUACCGACUGUACGUACCGAUUAAUCAUUACUAUCGAAAAAUUAUUCUGAGCAGAGUUCAGUAGUAGUACACGUUUUGAAAGGCCAUAAUAUUAACAAUAUUCGUAAAAAUUUGCUAUUAAAAUUCGUAUAAAGAAAAAUUCUACAUUAGGUACACUUCAUUUUAGAUUCUAAGUAAAGUGAGGAAUGUAUUGGUUUUACAGUGUUUUUCCUGUGAACAACUUUUCUACCAACAAUUUUGCUCCAAUCUUCAAGUGUAACACUUUUUCUGAAAGAAUCUGACUGAGGUGGAGGUCAGGAGGUCAUUUUUUGAUUUUCUUAUUAGGUUUUCACAAUAAAUUAUUAUAUUAUAGCCUUUCAAAACAUGUAUUACCAAAAUUGUUUUUCGUUAGAAAUGAUCAAUCUUUGUGUACAGAUACACAUUAAAUUGCCUUGAUAUACAUUUAACCUACCUUUUCAACUUCUCACCUACAACAGUAACCCGCUCACCAUGUGAAGUAUGUCUGUUUGUUUUUAUUAUCUAAUUUCACUAUUUUUAAUUAUUUUUUGCUUUCUGGAAGUAAUUUAGUUGCAUUUUAAUUCCUAUAAUAAUAUAUAAUAUCGUAUUAUUAUAUACAUAUAAAGUAGGUGAUGGAAAAAUAUAUUCGAAUCUAGUAGCUGAGCUCUGCUGCUCACAAGUGUUUUUUUUUUUUAAUUACAUACAUCUGCAUUUAAUAGGUUUUUUUAAAAUAAAAUUGUAUUUUCUACAAGAUCAACGUUAUAAUAUUAUUGUUGUGUGUUACACAAUAAUUAUUAUUAGGUUUCUUAGACAAUAUACAUAAUAUGUCCACGACUCGUUUUUUCUGAACCAGUAUAUUGCGCGAUUGUUGCAAAAAUAUAUAAUAUUUUAUUGCUAAAUAAAAUACAUUACACUUAGUACGAAUGUGCUGUCGUCCGAUUCAUUAUAUUGUAAAUUAUAAUACCUAUUAAAUGGUGAAACAUUUGAAUAAUUAUUAUCGAAUAAAAAAACAAAAUCGAUCAACACAGUUUUAUUUCAUGAAAAAUAAAUUUUAGUCGUCGUCCUAGCGUUGAAACUAUAAUAAUUAUAGUUGUUUUUCCCGAUGUACAAUUCGAUAUUAGAUCAAGAUUAUUUGAUUAUAAUAUAAUCGAAGGAUUUUUAUAUGCAUAGGUACCUAACGUUUGUCUUGAUUUGCAUAUAUAUAUACUAUUGUAUUCACAUUUCUAUAAGUAUCUAUAGAGAUAUGCCAAUAAUUAUGAUUUAAAAAAAAAAUUGUUUUAUUUUUAUACGGCUGUGAUUUAUUGAUUACGGAUGCAAUUGUAUUAGACCUUUUAAUAUAGUAGGUACAAAGUACAUUGACUGCAUUUUUAUAAAACUGUUUUCAAACCGGCUGCUUAACUACUUAUAUUUUAUAUUUUACAAUGAAAAUUAAAAUAUUUCAAGUCAUAUAGUGUACUGUUUGUUCGAUAAAAAAUAGAUACACAAAUCAAAUAUCUACCUAUAAGACUUAAGCCAUUUAGAACUACUAAGAUCAUUUAGCAAUUUAGCCAUUUAGCUGUUGAAUCACGAUGCUUUAUUUAAAUUUAGAAGGUUUAAAAAUUGAAUUUAGUGUGUUGAAAACUAUAGAAAAUUUACUUAAAUCCUUAUUCCCUGGGACCAAUACUACAUAUUUUUUUUACAAUUACAUUAGUUUUAUUGAAAAAUGAAUACGAUUAUACCUAGGAAUUUAUUUUUUAUUUAAAGGUUUUCUGUAAAAGUAUAUUUUUUUUUUACGAUAGGUACAUUAAAAUUACCAAUAAUAGAUACUGCAGUGGAUCCAUACAAUAUACUAAUAUAUAUUUGUUAUUUGUAAGUUUCACUUAUUCAAAUGUUUACAUUAUUUACGUGGUACCUAUAAUGACACUGACAUCGCGUGUAUAAGAAUAUAUAUUAUAGAAAGUCUAAACCGUAAAUAAAUUGAAUACGGUUCUAAAUUAGCCGGAUAGCUUACCACCUAUAAGAUACUAUCAUGUAUAAAAAAUUUAUGCCAGUCAUAAUAUAAAAUCGUCGUGAGUAUUUUGUUAUAAUAUUUUCGUAAAUGAUAAAAAUUAAAUUCCAAUGACUGUAUAUUCAUACAGUAAUAUAUGUGUAUAAAAGUAUUGUAAACGUGUCAGCAUAAGAUUACAUUUUUGAAAUUACAUGCAUAUACUAGGAUGUAUAAUUAUUGUAUAUUAAAAUUAUCUAUUUUUUUUUUUUAUUAUCAUUUUUUGAAGUAAACGUAAUCUAAUUUAAAUUAAAAUUGUAUACGAUAGAAGUCUAUUCCAGGGUUGAUUCUUAUCUAGGUAAAUAUUGUCAAUACAUCUUAAAUAGAAAUGUCACUUAUCUAGACAAAUUAUUUCUAUAUUUAUGUAUAUUUCAAGGCUUAGCAUUUACGAAAAAAUAGGUUUAUUACUAGGUGUGCUACUAUGAUAAAUUGGAAAGUGGAAACGUGUAGGAUCAUAGUUUUUAAUUUUCAUAUCUAUACUUCACGAUGAACCAAUUCUGACUCGAAAAUGAUUCUGAACGGAGCUCGAUUAAGCAAUCCUUUAAAAUAAAUUGCUCAUAUAUAUUAGUUUAUGAAUUGUGUAGUAAAACAGCAGCUCCACCUGAAUUAUUAGCCUCUAUACUUCCAGCGCUCAGAAUAUAAAAUUCUUAAUCGUAUUUUAUAUGUAAGUAAAUUAAACUUUAAAGAUUAUGAAGUUAACUAUAUUAUUAUAUUAUAUUAUCUGUUAUGAAUCAUAACAGAUAGACCAUAUUAAUAUAUUACACAUUAUAGCUUGACAAUAAUUUCUACACUAUAACAUGCGAAUUAAUUGUAAAAUUGUUUUAAAAUUUUAAAAUCAUCGUUUCCAAAAAAUGUAUUUGUUUUUAUCUAAAUUAGUUAUGGUAACUUUUAUCUGAUAUCUAGAUAUAUUUUUAAUAUCUUUAGUAUUUGUAUCUAAAUAAAUUUUAAUUAUCUGAUUCUCAACAUAAUAGGUCGCUGUAACUACAACAAUAUUUUAUUUACGGCAGGAACUAGGAAGCACUUUUCUACAAAAUCAUCUUAGAUUUAAAAUCCGAUUCCGUAACGUGUUGGGCGGUAAAGCGGAGAACAAUUCUAACUAUUAUUUCUAAAAUAGGAUGAUUAUUAUUAUUAUAAGCUGAUGAGGUGCAAUUUUAAACUUUAUAAACUUGAUAAACAUUUUGAAACUUAUAUCCACCUAGAUUAAAAGACUAAUUGCAUAAUGGUUAUAGUUACUGUUACAUAAAUUUGCACCUUGUUAUUCUUGGACUUAGAAACAAAAAUAUUUAUUAUACUACAAAAACAAUACUUUCGUUAAGAAAUAAUGCAUAAUACGAUGACUGACAUAAUAACUAUAAAAACGCUCUUUUUCGUUUAAAAUUACUUCACAUUAUAAUAUUAGAUAAACAUAGGCACCUACAUAAAAUUAAUUUGUCUACCUGCAAAACAUUAAAUUUGUAUUUGUUUAAACACUGCACAAUGCUCUUUGGCGGACUUGUGAUGAGGAAGUUAAUAAAGUAUUGAAACUAUAUAUUUAAGAGACCGACAAAUAGAAUUUCGUGUCUCUGUUUUUUUACAACGAACAAUAUAGAAAAAAUGUGUAAAACGCACAAAAAAGUCUUUAUCCUGAUCGAAAUCGGUUUUAAAGUUAAAACAUUGAAUAUCUGUACUACCUAUAUAUUUAUACAACUUAUUAUAAAUGAUGACAUUUUGAAGACCAAUUCAUUGACUUUUUGGAAAUAUUAAUUAUUUAAAAAGUUAUGUAUUUAAAUUUAAAAAAGUGAAAUACUAUUUUUGUACACGAGCUGAAUAAUUAGAGAAAUGUAAAACGUCAACAAGAUUCUAUAUAUUUUAUACCUAUUAUGUGCUUAUUUAUAAAACCGAAUUAAACGCCUUUUCGUUUGUUUUUCAUUAUUGAAAAUUAAUAUUAACCAGUUAUUGAAAAACAGAAAAUUGCAUAUCGACUGCAUUUGAAGCGUAAAAAUAAUUAUGCUUAUACGUUCGCGUAUAUUUGUGAUUACGUGCAUAUUUAUUGGUCCUCUAGGAAAUUGUUUGAAAAACGAAUACUGCGUCGUCUUCUGACAGAUCUUUAAUAAUGUUAAUAAUAACGACGAAAAUAUGCGAUGGUGCCGCGGGUGUUAUAUUAGGUAUUUUAUUUGAGUUCCGAGGGGAAAAUCCAUAGAUUUAUGCUGCAGUUUGAAACCGUAGUUUACUUUCACUUUUUUACGUCAGAUCGGUUUCACAUAAACAAGUUUGUAAUUUCAAGUAGUUUUAUACGUAGGUAGGUACAAUAUUAUUAUUAUUUUUUUUUAAUUUUACGAGUUUACUAUAUUUGUACGAGACCCAUAGACUACUAUCUAUACUAAUCAAUAUAAAUGGAAAUAUCAUUGAUUCAUUGAUGUCAAUAAUGUUAUAUUAGUUGAAUAAACUACAAUGACUAAACAGAAAAAGACGUCCUAGAAUAAUGUAGACGGGUGCAGCCACUGUUAUAGGUAAUUUAAUGUAUAUCUGUAAGCAACGAUAAACCAUUGCUAACGAAAAAACGAUUCUGAGCGCAAUUCAGUGAUAGUGAUCAGAUAGUGGUGAUUUGUCAAAAAUAUAUAUGUCAUAUUAUGGAAAAAUAAUUAAAUAUAUAUUAUAUAUUUUCUUUGAUAAUAUUUAUUUAAUAUUAUAUCGAUGUUCCCGUUUUUCCCAGUUUCCCCAUGUUUUUCCUGGGUACACAGCAAAUCAAGGAAUAUUUUUCGAUUAUAAUCGUCCGAGCGAGCGAUAGGUUUCUAGAUCACUUAAAAGGGAUAAAAAGGAAAAAAAAGUACAACAAAUUUCUUUUCAAACCCGUGACCCCUAGUAUUACAAUAAGUAUUCACGAUUAUCCAACAACAACAAAUUUACAAUAAUGAAAUCAAUAUAGAGUUAUUUAAAAGAUUUAGGUCUACAUUGUAUACAUCAGAGCAAGAUUUCUGGUAGAAUUUUUGUAUACAGUAUAAAAAAAAUUAAAAAUCAACAAAAAAGCCUAUCCUAUUACACCACAACAACCACAAGUUUAUAUUAUAGGAUUAUUUAUUUACAUAAUCAUAUAAUACACGCCAAACUGCUUCAUGUAUGCCAUUUUGUAAUUACUAUUACUCUAUCAACUGUUUAUAAUAAUUAAAAUUAAGAUUAAUCAAUAGUAAUUUGAUUGUUGUUGGGUUUUUUUGCUUGCAGUUUCACCGCGAACAAUAUUAAAAUCGGUAAAUGGUCGAUUCGCAGCUGGAGAACUCGCUUGUAUCAUGGGUCCGUCAGGCGCAGGAAAAAGCAGUUUAUUAAACGCGUUAUCCGGUUAUAAGUGAGUAGUAUUUUCUUUUUUAUUGUACUUAAAUAUUGUUUAGAUAUAUAAGUACUAUACAGGUAGGUCAAAUUGAGUUACACAAUCCUAAUAAUUAAGGUGAUAAUAUCUAUAAUAUAAGUAAUACUUAUUAUGAUAUACUUACUUAUACUUACUUUAAUUUAUUUAUUAUAAGUAUAUUAUAGUACGUACUAAUUAGUUUUACUAUUAUGCUACUUUUUAUUUUUACAAACAACUUUUUGGUCUGGUUCCGAUCUUUAUGGUAAUAAAUUUUGUCAUCGAGUUGAUGGAAUGGGGAAGUCAUAUUUUGAUUUUCUUUGUACUUAAUAAUGUUGAAAAACGGAAAUAUUUACGCAAGAAUGGUUUCUGUUAAUUUGUUUUUGUUGUUAUUAUUCGGUAAAAAUAAUCUUAGAGAUCUAAAAUAUUCAUCUAAUACUUAAAACCUUAAGAUAUUCUUGCGUUAUUUAUGUUAUUUAUAGCUAUUUUCAAUUUGUGUUUAUGUGAGUACAAUUUUUUUGGGUUCGUUUAAAUUCUCGAGAAUUUGAUAUAAGGUUCCUCGUCCUCCAUAAUGAUAAUUUAGUAAUUAGAAAAAAAAUAGUAAAUCUAUAGACACUAUUUUUGUUUUUAUCCCAAAUAUAGGAAUUAUUGUACAGUAUUGUGUCUAUUUUGUACAUUUUUUGACCGCUAAAUUUGGACGCUUCUAACUCCCUCUGGACUUACAUAUCUCAUAGUAUCUCAAAUUAUGUCUCACUGGAGAUGGACAUAAUGAGACAGUCUGAUUUUUAAUUUUUACAUUGUCAUUAAUAAAAUUAAAGCCCUUAAAGUCCUUCAUAAAAUAAAUAUUAUAUUUAGGUACUCAAUAAUAUUCUGAGUAUAUAACCUUUCAUAUUUCAUUUAAAUGCCAUUAUAAUUUCAUUAAUUGAAAAAUAAUGAUAAUUGCUCAUUGUGAAACAUAUUUCCCCCAUAUAAUUUUAAUAAAUUAUAGUUAAGAUGUAAUAUAUUAUUUUAAUAUAUUGGUAUUUAUUGUUUUACAAAGAAUAUUGAUAUAGUGAAAAAUUGGACUCUAGUAAUGGUGGUCUGCUGCUCACGGGUAAUUUUUGUUUUAAUCUGCUGUUAUAAUUUUAUUUACUAACACGUGGAAUUGAUGCUGUAGGUACACCUUUACAAAUAGCAUUAUUAUAGCUAUACUAUCUACCAACUAUUCCUAGGAUUAAACCAAAUAAAAUAUAGUUUGUUCAUAAUAUUUGUUUAGAUAAAAAAUGAUUUUACCUGCCGAUCUCUAAACUAUAAUAAUUUUAUAUGCUUCUAACUGUCCUUGUGGUAUUAGUUUCUAUAUUUAAUUAUAUUGUUACAGCGUUAAAAAUGAUUUAAAUUUGUAAAAAACAAAAUGUAUUAUUAUAAUGAAUAACAGCGUGUAGUUAAUAUGUUUAAUAUUUUAGUCCAUUACGUUAAUUAAAAAUUUGAUUAAUUUCAGUGUUUACGUCCUUCAGGGAACGAAAAAUUAAAGAAUAGAUCACGAUUAUUAUUACUCAUAAUAUUAUAGGUGCUGAUUAUAAAUAAACCAAUUAUCAAUUUUAAUGUUCAGCUUUCUUAUUUAGAUGAAAAUGUAUUCGGGUACCUAAAUUAAUAUAUUAUUACGGUUAUUAGUACGCUGUGAAGGUCAUUUUUUUUUAAUUUCGUAAUAUAAGAAAAUAACUGGAAAUACAAGAAUACAUCCACAACACCUAAACUUUCAACAAAAUUUCAUUUGAUAAAACUGAAAUACCCAAACAAUAUACUCGUAUUUUGUAAAUAGUAUAGAAUUUUCCGAAAUAAGAAUAAAUAUAAUUUCCGAAAAAAAAUGUUCUAGUGGAUAUUUAUAUAUAUUUUUUUUUUUUUAAUUUUCUCGAAUUACAUGAAUAAUAAUUCAAAAGUAUAAAAUUAUAACUCGGGUAUAUAAAAUUUGAUAUAGUGCUAUUUUAAAUGGAACCAAUAUAUUGAUCGUUGUGAUUACGUUUUAUAGCUACAAAGGCGUCAGUGGAACAUUGAAACUGAACAAUCAACCAAGGGAUGAAAAAUUGUUCCGAAAGUUGUCGUGUUACAUAAUGCAAGAGGACAAAAUUCAACCGAUGUUAACACUCAAUGAACUGAUGAUGUUCGCGGCGGAACUCAAAUUAUCCAACAAUACGUUAAUGAAAGAAAAACAAAUCAUCGUGAGUAUUAUUUAGAUUAUGAUAAAAUGAAAUUAAUAAAAAAAAAAACAUUUUUAAAUGGGUCUCUUUAAAAAAAUUCGGUAAUAACCUCGAAUGUUCUUUAGGUAAUUUGAUCUUCCGAGACCAGUACUAUUUGCUAUCUUCUAUUUUUCUUUUUAUGGCUUUAUAUUUUAGACCUCAGGUCGACGCCUCGACGCCUUACGAAUAGCGUCGAAAAUCAAAAAAUUACCUUUCUAAAGUACAAUGUAGACAACUUGCGCUUUUAGAAAAAUUGCUACACGUAAAAAUUUACUUUACAAAACAAGUUUACUAGGAAAAAAACGUUAAAAAAUACACAGACUAGAACAAAGAAAAAGAAGAAAAAAUAAACAGCAUUGUAAAACCAAUAGCUCCCUCGUUACCCUCAGAAUCUAAAAUUAUAAUUAUAAUUAAUUAAACCACUUAAACCAAUAUAUUCCUUGCUUUUCAAGUGUUUUAUUUUGGUUUUUAACUCUGUACAUAUUUUUUCAAUAGAAAAUGUAACCCAUAUUAAUAGUUACCUAUAUUAAUGAUCCAUAGGAAUUCUGGAAGUCUUUAUUAUUUACAUUUAAAAUUUUUAUUUGUAGUUCAUAAAUUAGUAAUGUGCUUGUAAUAAUUAUUUCUACUAAAAUUCAUUUUUAGACUCAGAGUGCAUCGAGGGAGCUAUUGGUUUUACUAAGAUGUGUUUAAGAUGUGGGAUAAGUGUUUUGAAAUCAAAUUUAAACGAAAAUACCAAAAAAAUUACGGCAUUUCAAAUUAUGUUUUACCCAACUGCGCUCGGAAUCAUCUUCUGUCAAGCAAUGGUUUAUCGUUGCUUACAGAUACAAAUAAAAUAACUGAAAUGAUAUAAAUUUAAAAAAAAUGUACAAAAAAACUAAACCAACGUAUACAAUUUUUCUAAAUUUAGAAAACAUAGAGCUUUUAACUUACUAGUGAUAUAUACAAGAAAAUCAUUUGGGAAAUCAUUUGUAGAUUACUUAGGUCCUAUUUAUUUUAAUCAGAUGCUAACUAUGACAAAAAAAAAUAUUCAUAUUGGCUUAUUAAACGAAAAAAAAUCGUGUAAAACUGGCUUUUUUCAAAAAUAAUUUCUUCUAAAUGAAAUCCCUAAUUAAGAUAUUUUUUUUUAUUAAUGUAUUCAGUGUUUUAGUUUGAGUUUUAAGUAUUUAUUUAUUUUUUGAUCUUUAUUUCUCUUUUGUCAGAUUGUAAAAUGUUUCCUCUUUGUUUGUUUUAUUUUAUUUUUAUUUUUUUUUUUUUACUUAAGUUAAUUUUUGCUUGAUAACUCUCAAUUCCGCCACAAGCCUAGGCUUAAAGGAGUAGAUAUAUUCUUUAUUCUUAUCAUAUUUGCUGUUUUUUUUAUAUUUGUAGUAAUAUAUAAAAAAAAAAUUUGCAUAACAAAUCCCUGCACUAUCAAAGAUAAUAAAGUCAAAAAUAAUAACGAAUAAAUAUUGUAAUGGUUUUUUUCCGUAAUCUGCAUAUAAUUUUUAGACUCAUAGAAAUUUAUUGAUUUAACUAUGAUGUGCAAUUUUUUUUCAACAAAACGAGGAGUGUACUGGUUUUUUUUAUUUGCAAACAACUUUUUUACCAGCAAUUUUUCUUAAAGGAAAUUUCACUGGGCAGGUACUUUAGAGAAAUCGUUUUUCGAUUUUCUUUGGAGUUUUUCAGCAAAUGUAAAAAACUGGGAAAAAACAUGGGAAAACCAGGAAAAACGUAGGAAAACCGAGGAAAUCGGUACAACAUUAAACAUAUAUUAUUAAAGAAAAAAUAUAGAGCCUAUUUAAUUAUUUUACUAUUAUAUGACAUAUAUAUUGUUGAAAAACCAUCACUAUUGACUGAACUCUGCUCAGAAUCGUUUUUUCGUAAGCAAUGGCCUAGCGUUACUUAUAGGUAUACAUUAAAUUACCUACAACAGUGGCUACACCCGUCUCUAUUAUCCUAGGACGUAUUUUUAGUUUUUAAAUUAAUUAAAAAUUAUGAAUAAUAAUAUAUAAUUUAUUCGUUAUAAAUUUUCCCUUGAUGGUGUUUCUUAAAAUCACGAGAACAAUAUUUAGGUGCAUGUAAUUCUAAUAUUAAAAUAUUAUUUCAAAUCGAUUAAAUGUUACAUUUUGUAAGAUACAAUAUGUACUCGUGGCAAGGACGUAUCUAGGUUUUUGUUUUGAGUAUGGUUUUUAAAAAUUAAAAAUUAGGAUCAAAUUCACAAUUACAUCAUUAAAAUAAGUAAAUUUAACCUGUAUAAUAAUGCGAAACUUUCCUUCAGCUUUAUUUUCCUUAGUAGUAAUAAUUUUACCUGAAUCAAAUUUUCCCCUUGUUGGUAGUUAAACGACCAUAUAGAAUAACUGUUUUUACUAUAGAACAAUGGUUCUCAACCUUUUUUGUAUGACGACACCCUAAUUUUGAUCCAUAAAAAUGGCGACACACUUAAUAAAAAGAAUGAAUUUUUGAAAAAGUAAAAAUUUUAAUUAUAAAUUUAUCCAUACUUAGUGUAGUUCCUUUAAUAUGAAAUUUCUAAAAAAUAUGAAAAUAUACCGCUCUAACACUAUAUAACACACAUAAAACUGUGGAUACCACUAUGGUACUGAGGACAAUGACAUGUUUAUUUACGUAGGUCCCUACGCGUUACAAUUAUUUUUCUUAUCUGUGGUUUUUACUAUUUCAUCAUAAUGCCGAAAUAAUAUAUGUUAUAUAUGUUUUGGAAACGUACAAUUCCUCAUAAUUGGUUUGUUAUCUGUGGUUUUACUAUUUGAUGAUAAUGAUGAAAUAUUAUAAAUCAUAAUAUAAUUAUGAUUUAUAGGUAAUAUAUUAUAAUAUAAUAUAUCUAUAUAUAUAUACUAAAUCGAUAUUUAAAUUUAAACUAAUAAUAUUUUAGCGACACACUCCAUGGUAAUAUUCGACACACCGGUUGAGAACCACGGCUAUAGAACAUAGCUUAGAUCGAUUUUGAAUUAUCUUUUGUGUAUAUUCUGAAUUUAAUUGUUGGAAUACAUUUGUUUUUUUUGUUUUUUUUAAAUAACUGAAAGAAAAUCAUCUGCUUUUUGUUUGCAUAAUUUAUGAUAAUUUUACUUUGAUGAGAAUUAAACUUUUGUUUGGCGUUUUUCAACCGAUUAAAAGCCGAUCAGUUGAUUUUACAAAAUUUGGCGAUGAAGGUAAUUCAGAAUUACUACUAAAUGGAACAUUUAGUUUUGUAUUGGAUUGGGAUUUUUUCUCCUUAAUUAAGAAAUAAAAGGUAGUACCCUUUCGUUUCAUAUUGCUCUAGAAAUAUAUACGAAUACAAUUUUUUUUUUUUUUAACGUACCGUUGGGCUACAGUUAUGACAUACAGCUUUACGCAGUCGACGCGUACGAAUAUUUUUUUUCUUUUUAGAACUGUAGAACUUUCACAUUGCUUACGAUGUAUACACUAUUACACUAAUAACUAUAGCUAGGAUAGUAGAAUCACACUGCGUUUUUGUUAGUUUCUGAUAAACACAAACGAUCUAUAAUCAAUCGAUUAAACUGCAUCACUGAAAUAAAAUAAGUUUUUAAACAAAAAACGCAUUAUUAUCGCGUUUAGAUUGGACCGAUUAUCUGAACCCGUUCUAAGUUAUAAAUAGUUUAGUUAAAUAUUGAUGAACAAAAUUAUAUUUCGUCGUGACUGUGUAAUAUAAUGUAAUAUAUUAUGUAUUUUAUUUUAUAAAAAAAAAUUAAGAAAGUCAGUUUGGGGGUGGUUUGAACCCCCAUAACCACUGCCUGGGCUCGUGGUAUCUACUUAUAUAUAUAUAUAUAUAUAUUAUAUGAUAUUUCAUGGUAGUAAAUGGUAAAAAGCAAGCUAUUGUUAUUUAUUAUUUAUUCGUAUGGCUUAAAAACAAUUCAACAUAAUUACAGCAAGUAUAAUAUUAGUUAUUAAAAUAAAAUUAUAAAACAACUAUAUAAUAAUAAAAUUAAUAUGAAUAAACAUAAAUAGGAUAAACACACAAAUUUAUACAAUUUAACUAAAAAAACAACUGGUAACUGGUUAUUAUUGCACCACAAUUAUGGUUAUAAAUUCGCUAACGCACAUCCAAUUUUUUUUUCCAUCGAAUACAUUCAAUUACAAUAAAAUGUGUUUGAUUACAAUUUAUUCCUUCGAUGUCCUGGUUAAAUCUUUUCAAUUGAUAUUUUGUUAUAACAUGAAUAAAUUAUAGUCAGUAUUACGUUGCGCCGCAUUUCCAUACCUAUUGGACCAUCUAGAAGUCGUAAUUUAUACAUCACCACAGUGUAUUUUACUUUAAUAAGAAUAUUAAAAUUAGUUUUUUUUUUUUUUAAGAGUAGUUAUAUUCUAAAUACUUACAAUUUCUUAGUCAAACAUAUAACUUGAAUUUCUAAUUCUAUUUUAUAUGCAGAAGUUCUAAGAAACACCUUUAUCUAUAAAAAAAAUUGUUUUUAAAGUUUCUAAAUUAUUAACGUAUAAUUAUGAUAGUUUCUCGUAUUAUAACAGAUGUGUAUUACUAAAUUAGAAUAAAAUUGAAGUAAUAAAGUUUAUUGAAGUUAAUAAAAGUAAAUAUGAAUAGUAACGGACGUAUUAUAUUGUAUUAAAUAGGUUUCAGAAAUUCAAAACGUCCUGGGACUGUCGGAGAGCAAAAACACGAGAACUGAAUUCUUGUCCGGCGGCCAGAAGAAGCGGUUGUCUAUCGCCCUAGAACUCAUCAAUAACCCGCCAAUCAUAUUUCUCGAUGAGCCCACCAGGUACGUGCUUAUAGCCCUGCGUUAAUGAUAAAUCGGAUUCUUGCUUACAUAUUGCGUAAACGUGUGCACGGGAAAUACCAUGAUAUUCCCGGAGAAGCCAGAUUAACCAUUUGAAACAUGGUGGUAUAAAAAAUAUACCCGCACUUUUUAAAAAAAAUUCCUACUCUUACAUGGUGGUAUAUGUUAAUUGAAAACUUCAUGAUCAUGUUUAAUAUGUUCUUAAAGUUGUCCGGUAGAUAGCAGCACCAUCAAAAAUUAUCCGUUGUCUAUUAAUCAGCUAAAUCUAUUGAUAAACACUUUUUAUAUGUCUGUGUAAAAGAAAUUAUCAUACAAUUCUGUGCUUCCUUAUUUUACAGCUGUUACUUGUUUAAAUUAAAACUCAUUUUAGCCAUUUUGACAAAUAAUAUCUUUUAUUUUUUCUAAUAAAAUGUAUUUUGCGAUACUAGGAGUUAGAAUGAUAUCUGUAGAUAUAGUAUUUCAUCAUACCUAAAUAAUAAACUGUCUUAAUAUUUGUACAUGCACAUCAUGCUGACAUUUUUUUUUUUUAUGUAUUAUUAUGCUAGAUGUAGACGGUAUCCCAAAUAGUUGUGGUGAAAGUGGAGUAAAAUAAGAUGGUAUCUAAAGUUGAAUUUACAUAAAUUUAAUAAAGCGAAUUAUGAUUCAUUUUCUUUAAAGAAGACUUAUUUAUACUAGAUAAGUAAUAUUAAGAGUUACGGAUAUUUAAUUUAAGUAAUACUCUAUAACUAUUACAAUCUAUGCAGUAUAGACUACUCUAUUGAACUAUUUUCAAAAAUACCGCCAUCUCCUACAAAAAAAAAAAAUAGCUCACGCCUAUACAACUAAGAGCAGAUUGUGUAAGAUUACUAUUAUAAACAUAUAUGAAAAAAAAGUAUUAUUAUUAUUGAAUUAUUCGAACGGAUUUUUCGAGUCUGCAAAGUCUAUUUCAUGUUAUCUGAUCAUUGCAAUAUGGUUUUAUCAUUUGAAAUUGGGCAUAUUUAUAAUCCUUGCACUUGUAAUAAAUAAUUCAAUGCGCUCUUAUAAUGCUUAUAUAUCGAUUGUGCAAUCAUAGUAGCCACAUAGUGUCGAAAAAUAUUUAAAAAUAAAUACCAAACUGUCAAAAACUUAUCGUGUAUCUACCUAUUUUAUUUUCUUCAAAAUUGAUAUCAAAUAUAUUUCGUCACGAUGACUGAGACUUUAAUAAAAAAUAACUAUAAAACAUUUACAUAAAUUAUUAUUAGAUCGUACCUAAUAAUACUUAAUAUAAUAUUAUACAAUAGUUUUGUUCUUAUUAUCUAACCGCACGACCUUGAUUGUAUUCAGGUUUAAAAAUAAACAAAUGCACAUAGUUGCAUAAUGCGUUUAUUGAUAAUCACGAGUAUAUUAUCUAUUAUAUUUUAUUUUAAAACACGGAAUAAUGUAUUACUAUGCGAACAAGAUCAAAAAGAGACGUCCUAGGAUAAUGGAGACGGGUGAACCCACUGUUCUAGGUAAUUUAAUGUAUAUUUGUAAGCAACGAUAAAUCAUUGCUAACGAAAAAAACGUUUCUGAACGCAGUUCAGUUGAUGACUAUCACUAUCACUAUUGAUGCUUUGUCAACAAUAUAUAUGUCAUAUUAUGGUAAAAUACCUAAUUAAAUAGGCAUUAUGCAUUUUCUAUAAUAAUAUUUGUGUAAUAUUUUAUUUUACCGUUUUUCCAUGAUUUUCCCGGCUUUUCACAUUUGUUAGGAAAACUCUUGGGAAAAUCGAAAAAAUACCUUCUAAAAUACCUCUCAAGUCAGAUUUACUUUUAGAAGAAGUACUAUUAUUGUAAAUCUGAGCAAAAUUGCUGAUAGAAAAGUUUGCACAACAAAUGGAGGGUUAUUCUACGAUUAAAAUAGUCCGAGAGAAUGAUGGCUUGGGACUCUAGGUAUGCACAUCCAAAAUGCAUUGUUUUUUCUUUGUUUAGAUAAAAGGAAAACAAAAUGAAAACAAUUUUUUUCGAUACAAUGAUUUGAACUCGGAACCCCUAGGAUGAUAAUAAGCAUAAAUAACUAUUAGAUAAUGGCAAGCAUGCCUUAAGAAGGACAAUAUAAAGUUAUUUAACAUAACAUAUAAUUUCCGCAAAAUAUUAGAACUUCAAAAAGCUAUAAUUUUGAAACUUAGUCAGUAAGCUCAAUUCUGACUUCAUCAUUGUUCUUAAACCGGCAAUUAUAGCAUGUUCGAAAAAAAAAAUUGAAAAAUUAGAUUUGUUCCACGUAAUUUUUACUUAAACGAUUUUCAUCAAAAUUUGAUAUUAAAAUUUCAUUGUAAAUAAAAAAAUACAUUUAUUUUUUUAACCACAACGUUAGACUCUCAAUGAACCUCUUGUUAAAUUUUCACGCAUAUCUGAUCAAGUCUUACAACUUUACUGCAGAGUAUCUACCAAAUAAACAUUACAUACAAAACUCUCAAAAUUAAAAUGUCUAUAAAUACCUCAAACAUGGCUUAAAUUUUUUGAAAAUUGUACACGUCUAGAAAAGGUAAAUUUAAGUUUUCUGUCUAAAUUUUAAAUCCAUAGAAUUUAGACGAAUAUUUUUAACUGAAUUACAAAAAAUUGAACAUUAAUAAAUGCAUUAUUUUUAUAAAUUUCCCGUUUUUCUUACGUUUUAUCCCGGUUUUCUUAGAUAUUAUAAAACCGCUUGGAAAAUCAAAAAAUAACCUCUUAAAAGUAUCAACUGGACAACAUUUUCUUUCAGAAAUUGUGCCGCGCGUGUAAAUCUGAGCAAGAUUUUCUGGUACAAUAAAAAAACCAAUACAUUCUUCGCUACACUCAGAAUCUAAAAAUAUAUAAACAUAUAUACAUACACUAUAAAAACCGGUUAGGCAAUUAUAAUAAGUGAUAUUCUCAGGAAUUUGAAUGGAAAGGGGGAUAUACAAACUGCCUCUUCCUCUUUUCAAAUCCUUCACAACAUCAUCUCCCCAUAAGAAUCCCAUCUAAAAAGAGUCAACUGAUCUUGGUGGCCCGAUUUGCAAUGCAAUGCAAUACGCCCUCACACGUCACUCUCUUCAUAAUAACGAUAGAAUAUACAUUACAUUUCUAUACGUAUUUUUAUUACUAUGCCUGUCAUUCAAACCAUUUUUGUUUUAAAUUAUACAUUUACGAAAUAAAAUCCGUUUUUCUUUAUUUUUGUAUCAAUAUUUACUUUUCUAUUGAAGUUAACAAUCAUAACCCAUUGAGAUGGUUUCAUACAUUUCAUAAAAUUAAGAAAAGUAACAUCAUCAUAUUUAUUAGGGUAUUUACCCUUUAUUUCAGUCAUUGAAUUUUUUAGAUAGGUUUUCAGUGUUUUCAUGCAUUAAAAUUUUCUCUCGAGAUCGAUUAUAUAGUACUAGGUAGGACCAUACCAGUGUAUGGUACAUAAUAUUUUAAACACAUUAAUAAUAAUAUUGGAGAAAAAAAUAUUCUGUGCUGCUGUUUUAAGGUAAUUAUAAUAUCAUAAAUGCAAAACUUACUACCGUUGUAAAUAACCCUUUUUUAGAAAUUGAUAAUGAGUCAAAACGUAUUUAUUAAUUACCUACCACUAUAAAUAUCAGUUAUUCGUCAUAUCACUAAAUAAAUAUCAAUUAAAAACGAAUAAUAUAACAAUACUUGUUAUUUGGCAUUAUUGGCAUUGAACAAAUGCGAUGUUGAGGAUAUAUCCACUUAACACUUCCCCUCUCCGCUCUCUCCGUAAUAAUACCCAUGAUUAUAAUUAUCAAUAAUUAUGUUAUUUUAUAUAAAUAAAUACAUAAUGGUAUUGUUCCAAUAUUAAUAGUGUUUCUAUUAAUAUUAUACUAUGUCGGUUUAAUUAACUACAAUAUAUACAAAUUUAUUUAAAUAAAAGAUUUCAAUCAUUUUUUGAUAUUAUCAUUUUAGAUUUAGAACCUAGCUAGAGAUCUACUAGUUUUACUAUGAUGUGUGUUUUUGUAUAUUUUUUUUUCUGUAUCUGAAAAACUUUUCAGAAAACUUGUUUCGGAGUAUAGCACAUCUUAUAAAAAGUAAUUCUCUCUAGUAACUAGAGUCUAGUUGGUGCAUUGAGGAGGUCAUUUUUUGAUUUUCCGAUGGGUUUUCAAAAUAAUUGAGAAUACCCGAUAGAAAAAUAUGGAAAAAACGGCAAAUAUUUACGGUACGCCGCGAUUGAAAUACAUUUAGAGACUUGAUAUUUUGACAGAUGACUAGUAUUUGCUUUUUGACAUGGUAACAUUUUUGAGCUCUUUAUAGACAUUUAAAUUUUACAAGUUUUAUUUGAUAGGUACACUGUGGAUACAAUUGUUGGACUAAACAGAAAUAAUUAAAAAUUUAAUAUGAAGUUCAUUAUAAGUCGUAUUUAGUGGUCCAAGUAUAUUUUAUAAUAAUUAGAUUAAAACCGGGAAAAACAGGAAAAUGUACGUACAUGUAUAAAAGAAACUUCGCUCCAAAUCGCUUUUCGUUAAUUGUUAACGAAAAACGAUUUGGUUUAUCGUUGUUUACAGAUAUAAAUUAAAUAUUUUUUGUAGCCUACCUUCCAACUUUCCACCUACAACAGUGGCACACCUGUCUCCUAUAACAACUUUUUUUUUUUUUGUAACACUAGAUAUAUUGGACAGAUAACUCUGUAUAAAUUUGGUUUUACAAAUUAUACUGCCAGUUUUAACGUCAAUGACUUGUCUAAAAUUUGUUUUUUGAUAUUUAAAUUAAUUCAAUUCAAUGGUUAAUAAUGAAGAUCUAUGGGUAUAAUAGUUCUAUCAGCCUAUACUCUAGGUUAUACAUCACUGUUUCAACGAUCAGUUGUAAAUCUACCGCCAACUUGUAUGGAUUUUAAAGGAAUAAAUCAAAAAGUUAUUUUUUACUUUUUAAGCCUUUAAAACUUCGAAACUCUGAGGUAAUUUCCUUGCACGGGUUUUCUACCGAAAUUGCGCUUAGACACGAGCAAAAUUCUCAGAGAUUUUUAGAAAUUUAUUUGUCUAUUACACUUUAUGCGCCGUAUCGUCUGCCUACCACGAAUGUGCAUAUAACCUGAAACAACACCGCGACGUAUCUGAAACUCGUUCUUGAUUAAUCCAAUAAUAUACCUAUAUUAUAUAAGAAUUCUUGCAGUCCUACGGACCAGUGCUAGUAUAAUAAUUAAUUCAAUCUCCACAUGGCAGAUGAUUUUACAUCUAAUCUAUAACCUGACUUAACUUAACUGUAUACCUGUGGAUAAUCGAAUGAGGCCAAAACGUAUCCACGCGUCAUAUCGAAUAAUAUAUUACACAUGUUGCAAUUGUUUUACGCUAUCUAAAAUAGUUGUCGGCUGAAAUAAGGUCGCGAAUAGAACCGAUUAAUUAUAAAUUGUAUUCUAUUUAAUAUAUGUAUAAUAUUAUAUUAUUCUAGCUUGUCAAAAUCUGCAUAUAUCUUAUUAAAUGCAUUUAAAUGGCAUCAAUAUUAUCGAUGGUACUUAUAUGUACGAGUGUAAUAUUGCCGCAUUCGGAUUAAUUAAAAACAGUCGACGUUCUCUUUACGGAAUGUACAGCGAAAAUGUACAAGACCCAAAAAGGUUUGGUUUAUAUAGGAAUUCACGAGUUCUUGAUUUCACGAAUUCACUACGCCAUUCUCAGGAACGAUCCGCAAAAAUAUCAAUUUUUAGAUUCUGAACGGAGUAAGAAAUGUACAAAUUGAUUUUACUACUACGGUUUGUGUUAAUUUUUUGUCUGUCUGUAAAUAACUUCUAUCAGAAAUCUUGCUCUUAACAAAAAACUAAAAGAGACUUGUUUUUUUAUUUUUAAUCUACUAGGUACUUUGAGGAGGUCAAUUUAUGAUUUUCCAAGUGGUUUUCAUGAUAAAUAGGGAAAAUGUUUAGGAAAAUCCGAAAUUGGAAAAAUAUUUACGGCGUUAACGAUAUCAUUAUUUUAAUAUUUUUUUUUUUUUUACUUGUUUUCUAGCAGAAAUUUUACUUAAAGUGUUAUGCCAAGAGUAGCAAAUUUUUUUAAAAUAAGAGAGAGGUCUUUUUUUCAGUUUGUCUUACAUUACCGUUUUAAACGUGUAUAAUUUUCAAAAUAUUUUGGCAAUUUUUGAGCUAUUUAUAAGAAUUUAACAUUUUUUAGUUUUUAUUUGGUUUUAUGUAGACAAAAUUUUUUUGGUCAAUAAGGAAUGUUUAAAAAUUGUUUAAAAACUAAUUUCAUUACGUUAUAUCGGAUGAUAAAAAAAUGUUAGCGUAAUGUUUCUUUAUAAGCUCUCAAGUUGAAUUUUUGACGAAAACCGUACAGAUUUCAAAAUAUUUUGUAACCAGACUUCGUUAUUAAUCGUAUUUUUUAAAGUAAUGGUUUAUUGUUGGGAACUGAUAUAAAUCAAAUAAUCUUAUAAUAUAUCCUACCUUCCUAAUUUCGUAAAUAUUACAAUUAUUAUAAAGGUCUUAUUUUAUAUGUUUUAUUUUACAAAUACAAAAGAGCCUAAUUCCCGUGUCUAUAAGGAAAAUUGUUGAGGCUUUGACGUUACUUUUUUAAGGAAUUUUCUAUUUGAAGAACUGAGAAAAAUAAAUUUGUAUUCCCCCCAUAAGAAAGGCCUAGGUACGCCACUGGAUUAUUACCAAUACAAUUCGCUAUUUGGAAUGUUAUUAAUUGACGGUAUUAUUAUUACCAAACGAGAAUGACCCACGGACACGUUUAUGCCGAGGUUAAUAUUUCUCCGCAGACAGCCGAUAUUAUAAUUUAUAACUAUACUAUUUACCUAGGUCAGAAUCGAAGAUUGAAGUUCAUGAUCACUUAUUCUUGGAUGACGUAACAUCAAAUUCAUUAAAAAUUAAAAUAGAAACUAUUUAAAAUAUUUUUACGGACUUGCAUAGAUCAAUUUAAAACGAACGUAUUUAAAAAUGUAUGAUUACGAGAAACUUGUUUAACGUAAAACGUUUUCGUGUAUAUAUUAUAUUUUUUUAUAAACAUAUGUAUGAUUCUGUUAGAUAUCAAAAUCACUAAUGUGUUUGAGUUUCAGAGGAUACACUAGGGUGGAACGAAUAAGUAAACAGUUGAAGAAGGUGUAAAAGAAUAAAGAGGUGAAAGUCAAAGGUGCUACGAAUAAUGAAAUUUAGUAGCUUAAGCGAUCUUCAGCAGGCCGCUUCAAUAUACAACAAAGUACAAAGAUUUUUGUUGAAUGUGAAUCUAUGUCUCAAAUGUAGUUGCCCUCGAAUUGUAUGAGAUCGUCAUUAAGUAGGAAAAGGUGACACGAAAUUUCAGGUGGAAAAUGUGAUCACUGAACGUUUCGGAAUGUUAAGGAAGUUGCUAAAAUUUGUAGGCAUGAUUCGAUAUUAGAUAAUGGCCCAAAGCGAAGUUGAUUGAUUGGCCGUUAGAGAUCUAAAUAAAUUUAAAUUAUUCAACCAGGUUUUUUUUUUUUGUAAUUUUGGAUAUUAAGAACUGGUUGGACCAGAGGUUGGUUAUAUGACGUAAGAUUGGAGUAAAAUCUACCCUAGGUAAUUGAGCAAGAAAAAAUAAAAUUAAGUUAGAUAUUGAUUUGGCUAGGCUGUCAGCAACUUCAUUACCAUGACAAUUAUAUUCAUAACGAAUAGAUAGUGAAAAUGUUUAUACUUAUAUUCUUUAUUUUAUCAUUAUUUAUACAAGUAUAAAACAAUAAUCCAAUACCUACUCGUAAUAAUACUAUAAAAAUAAAUAUUUACUACUUCAUUAAUCGCAUUUAAUUCAACUAUAUUAUUUUUUUUUAUAGUACAAAAUCAAUAAAUAAUAGGUAAUACCUGAGUAAUAAAGUAUAUGUAAUUGUGACCAAAAAAAAAAAAAAUAAGAGUUAUUUUAUACGAUUACACCUAUAUACUUGGGUAAUAUUCACAGAUUUAGUAUUUUAUUAUACACUAUUAUUAUUUUAGAUAGUGAUCGAAGCGUGAAAUGUAAUAUUUAUUAUAAUUUCUAUUUUUUUGUCUGUGUGUAAACAACUUUUCUACAAGAAAUCUUGCUCCGAUCAUCAAUAUCACCCCUGAAGUGAAUUUCUGGUAACAAAUUUUAUUUAAUUGGUGCAAUGUGGAAAGGAAUUAUGGUUUUUUCUUGUAAUUUUUUUUUUAUGAAUUAGAGAAAAAUGGAACAAUUUACGCAAUAGCGGUUUCGGUUUUAUAUUAUUGUUUUUACUUUUUUAAAUUUCGACUGGUUUUCACAAUCAGUUCUAAUAAGUGUUGAGUCGAUAUUACUUUUUUUGAUAUUGCUAUUUAUAUCCAUUAUCCGAUCUAAUAUUUUAAAUCGAUUACCAUACGUUGAUAUUGAAACAAACCAUUAUACCUAUCCGUUGAAAAUCCGAUAUUUGUUCAUAUUCUAAAAAUAUUAAAGACAUUUUUCCCCCGAAAAUAUUGAGUGAAAUAUCGGUUUUGAAAAAACACAUUUAUCUGCUAAUAUACAAUAUACGCACAGCUACUACUUAUUAAUGAUUUCCCAUAGCAUUUAUCUUAUUGUCUUUUCUAUGCGAUUUCUGGGUCCGUUGAUGUAUUCUUCGUUUCUCUUAUAUCGUUCACAAUUUCAAAAUCUCAUUCAAAAAAAUUUAAAACUCAUUGUCAUAAUAAAUUUCUCUACACUCCACUUUCUAGAACUUCAGCUAACCAAUCCAAUGACGACCUCCUAUAUUCUCGUUUGUUUAUUGCUGUUAUUUCACUCUUUGUCUUUCUGUAUUUCACUUGUUUUUUUUUUUUAAUUCGUUUAAAUUUUAAGCUUACCACUUAAUAUUUGUCUACCUAAUCCCGCUACAUCUACAUAGAGUUUAUAAUGACGCAACAACAUUUAUUGUAAUAUUAAAAUAAAAUUAUUUCCGCAGCGGGCUAGAUAACGUUUCCAGUGCGUACUGCUUGCAACUGUUGCGGGGGCUUGCGCACCAGGGUCGGACCAUCGUGUGCACCAUACACCAGCCGAGCGCCUCCUUAUUCCAGCUGUUCGAUCACGUAUAUGUGCUGUCCAAUGGCUACUGCGUGUACCAGGGAUCCACCGACCAGAUGGUGCCGUUCCUGUCCACCGUCGGGCUCCACUGUCCGCUCACGUAUAACCCUGCCGAUUAUAUAAUCGAGGCCACCGACGGCGAGGAAAUGGACAACAUCACUAAACUUUCCGCGGCCACGAAAAACGGCAAGCUGUCCCUGUACAAAAUGCGCAAAGCCAACGACUAUUAUUUGAAAAAAAAGAUGUCCCUCAACGGUAACAAUCCUAAUUACAGUAAUAAAUACGGCUACGGGAAAACUUAACUCGUUCACUUUAAUCAAACAAAUAUUAAUUUUAUAAAUAUUUCUCUUGUCAAUUUUGAAAAAAGUUUCAUACUUCUUACUUACUUAAAAGUUAAAACCCCACUAGUUUGACCACUCUCCGUGAUGUUUGUUAUAAAUACAUUAUGCAUUGGUUUGUGCAUGUGUACAGGCGAAGUACUAUUACCGGAGCUCAACGGUAACGUGUCCGCCAACAAAAUGUUACCUUUGCCUCCGAUCAAGUAUAAGGAUGACGACGACGAUGACAUGGUUAAAGACCGUGACACGUGGUGCGUGGACUUUCCGACUUCGGGUUGGUCGCAGUUUUGCACCCUCUGGAAACGUAUGAUUUUGCAAAUGUACCGGAACAAGGUAAAAAUUGCACUCCAGUUUCCGGAUAAUGUUCCCGGUUCCAGACCUAUAAUUCGCAUAUUUAAAAUGAUACCUAUUCAUUAUUUUUUUUAUUUUUUAAUUGAACAGAUCGGUCUGAACAUACAGUUUUAUCACCAUUUGAUUUGUGGUCUGGCGGUGGGCAUCGUGUUUUUUGAUAAGUCUAACGAUGGUGCACAGUUCUUCAACCAUAUGAAAUUCUGCAUGGGCAACAUCCUUUUCCACACCUUCACGCAGUCGAUGGUCCAAGUGCUCGCCUGUACGUUUUAGACAUACAUGUAUCCUGUAUAUAUUUUGAAUUGAUUUAAAAAUUAUGUUUAUGUUUGAUUUCCGUCUAAUUGCAGUUCCAUAUGAAGUGAAACUACUGAAACAAGAAUACUUCAACAGAUGGUACAGCUUAAGGCCUUAUUACUUAGCAUUUCAGUUAUCAAGGGUACCGUCUAUCGUAAGUUAUCAGAUAUUGUGUAUUAUAGAGUUUUACAGAAAGUUGUUAAUUAAUGGAAAUUUGUUACAUCGCUGUUAGUCUAUAAAGAGUUUUGCUUUGGUUUCUGCAUUACCAAAACAUAUUUAAUAAUAAGUAUUACCUAUACGUAGAUAUAUUCUGCAUAUUUAUUUUUAAAAAAAUGCUGACAUUUUGAUCACCAUUAUGUACACACGAGAGGGUGAUUUAUAGAUUACAGAAACUUAAGGGUCGUUAAAAAAUCGAGAAUCGCUAGAAUUCCUAUAGACUUGUAAUUUUAUCAACAUCCCACCUUGCAUUAUAAAACAUCAUAAUUCAUAAUUAAUAACAAUAAAAUUAUACGUUCAAUUUUUUUAAAUUUUUUUUUGUUUUCAGGUGUUUUUCAGCAGUAUUUAUACUUCUCUCGUAUACUGGAUGUCCGGACUGCCCAACGAAUUCGAGCGGUUUGCAUUGUUCAACAUCAUUUGUUUACUCGUAUGUUUCGUCUCCGAGGGCAUGGGACUGUUGGUCGGAUCCAUAUUCAAUGUCACGGUAAUAAUAACUAUUCUUUUUAUAUGAAUUAAAUAACCGCACACCUACCUAUAAUACAUAUAAAGGGAAUCUAACUUAAUCUAACUUUGUAGCAUUCUAUAUUGUUCACGUAAGAUUUCUUUUAUAACGUUCAAAAAACACCUGACGAACAAGUUGAUUUAAAUAAUACAAUUGUUGUUUUGAAAAACCAAACAGUAAGAGUAUUUUACACCUUUUCGAAACCACCGUUUUUAUGCUAUUACAGAUUCUGAGUGGAGUGAAGAAGCUUAUGACUUUACAAAGUUGUUUAUUUUUUUUUCUGCGGACAACUUUUCUACCAGAGGACUUGCUCCGAUUUUCACAUGUAGCACCUUUUCUUAAAGGAAAUUGGUGUGGGAAGGAGGGUACUGUAGGGAAAUAUUUUUCUCAUACGUUUUAUUAUCAAAUGCAAAAAAUCAAAAAAAAAAAAAAACGGGAAAAUGCACGAAAUAUAUUUGUAUAAUAUUACGAUUUUUUUUUCUGUGAAAACUCUUCUACCAGCAAUUUUGCUUUAACAUUUUACCAUAGCAAUUUUUCUGAAAGAAAAUUUCACUGGGAAGGUAUUUUAGAGCGGUUAUUUUUUGAUUUUCUCUGGAGUUUUUUCAGGAUAUGUAAAAAACUGGGGAAAAACACGGGAAAACCGGAAAAACGUAGAAAUCGAUACAACAUUAAACAAAUAUUAUUAAAAAAAAUAUAUGGAACCUAUUUAAUUAUUUUACUGUAUGGCAUAUAUAUUGUUGACAAAGCAUCACUAUCAUCUGAACUCCUCUCAGAACUUUUUUUUCAUAAAUAAUGCUUUAUCGUUGCUUACAACCUACAGAUAUAUAUUAAAUUAUCUAUAACAGUGGCUGCACCCGUCCUUAUUAACCUAAAACUUCUUUUUUUAAAUAUUAUUUAUUCAUAAAUGCUAUUAUAUUAUGCUUAUUUAUAUUAAAGACGUUUUUUAUAACGAAUUUUUCUUCUAUUAUAAGAUACAAAUACUAACUAUAUCGUUUAACGCCAUUAUCGUUAUUAUAAGUUUGAUUAAUAAACAAAAUAUUUGUUAUAACAUCCGUUAUAUUCCAGAAAACUAUUAGGCAGAACGUUUGGAAUCCAGAAAGCAAAAUAAACAGAAAUAAAUUUCCAGAAGUAAUUUUACUGAACAUAGUACUCCAGAAAGUUAUACGAAUAUUAUGUUUCCCGAUUUAUCAAAAUUACGUUCAUCAAAAUUCAGUGUUCGGUAGAGUGAAAGCACUUACAACUAUUUGCUCUAAUCCACCCGACGUGGUUUUGCAUAUCAAAUCGAUGGUUAUUUUGUUAAAGUUCUGACAUGAAUGAACGAAUGGGAUAUGGCCGAAGUGCCUAAACGAAGCAAUAUUGGCAUGUUUGGGGUUAUAUUCUAAACACGUUUCUCCUUAUCCGAGCGUCCCGGGGGAAGAACUGACUCCAGCUUUACUAAUUAAAUAUCACUUCCCGAAAUAGGAAAACCACUUUUCUGUAAUAAAGGGCAUUUAGCAAUUUUAUUUUUUGGAUUCUAAAUUGGACACUUUCUGGUCGUUUGUUUUCUGAAACAUGUGCAAAUAAUAAUCUCCGUGGUCGUUUUACAGAACGGUAGUGCGGUUGGUCCAAUGUUAAUAACGCCGUUCCUGGGCUUGGCCAUCUACGGGUUCGAUUUCGCGUACCAGGUGCCGCAUAUCAUGGAAGUGAUCAUGGAGGGAAGUUUCUUGCGGUGCGGGGUCAUCGGGCUAGUGAUCACCGUGUUCGGGAUGGGCAGGAAAUCGCUGCACUGUGGCAUCAGCUACUGUCACUUUAAAGAUCCGAACAUAAUUAUUUAUUACCUGAACCUGCACCGAAAACAUCCAUACGUCGAGAUCAUCAAGUUGGUCGGCAUGCUCGUGUUUUUCCGAUUUCUUACGUAUUUCGCGCUCCGGAGGAGACUCUCCGGUUAAUCAUCGGGCGUUAAAUUAUUAUUUUAUAUAGGUAUCUUUAUUAUUAUUAUUUUUUUUUUUUUUUUUAUAUAUAUAUAUAUACUUAUCUCUACGGAGUUUUUCAAUUUCGGUUGAAUUAAUAUUAUUGCGCAUUGUUUUGUUUCGCAUAAAACCGUGUAGGUAAAACGAUACGAUAAUAUAUAGGUGUAAUAUUAUUAUACAGAGACUGUGAAAGUCUACGGUAUCAUUUUAUUACUAUAGAGAUGAUAGCCCAUAUUAUUAUAAUAAAAGAGUGAAAAACCCGCUGUUAUAGGCGUUUCACGGGACGCGCCAUUUUGCGAUUGCGUUAUAAUAUUAACUUACACAAGUUAGAGCAUUUUAAAAAUGUUGCAAAAUGGCGUCGCCUAUGAUACAGGUAGAUAACCAGUAGAAAACGGUUCCGGUGUACGUACGUAUACGGUUGGCCACUCUUUUAUUACAAUAUAUUAUACGUAUAGGUUCUCUGUAGGUAGUAUGCAGGUACCUAUAUAAUACAUAAUAAUACAAUAUUUUAUCUGUCUAUUUUUUCGUUAUACAAUAUCCGAAACUUUCACAUUCGCAUAGUAUAUUGUUAAUGAUUAUUAUGUCGGAUGAUCCCGAGUUUUUAGCUAUAAUCAUAAUAUUUACAUAUAUUACGAUAAUAUUGUCAUAAUAUUUUUAUAUGAUGAUAUGAUGUUUCUCUA